GAUUGUAUAGUGAAUUUCAAACCCAGAAACUCAAUAGUAUUAAAGAAAAAACCAUGAACUAAUCUUUUGUGCUUAUCUGCUUGCAUGUCACACACUUUGCCUCAAACCCUUGAAUUUAGUUUUGCUGACACAGCUAGGGCUAUAAAUUGUGAGUUACAUUGUACAUUUCCAAACUUUCUGGGCAGAAACAAUGACUUCCACUGAGAGAGAUACACUGCUGCUGCAGAGGCUUAGACAUGUGGGGAGGAAGCUGCUCAAAUGCAAGCCUUAUGAUGAUAUUGAUGUGGUUCUUGAACAGCUUGAUAAAUUGGAGCUGAUUCUGUCAACGGUCGAUCAAAGACCUGCCAAUCAUGUUCAAGAAUCACUUGUGCCUUUAAUGAAGGCACUAAUUUCUGCUGAACUUUUGCGACAUCCGGAUGAGGAUGUCAAGAUCUCUGUUACAUCUUGCCUAGCUGAGAUCACAAGAAUUACGGCACCAGAUUCCCCUUAUGAUGAUGAACAAAUGAAGGAAGUUUUCAAGCUCAAGGUGUCAGCUUUUGAGAAAUUGUGUCAUGUAUCUGGUCGUGGCUAUGAAAAAGCAUUAGCCAUACUUGAGAAUGUUUGGAAGGUCAGGUCAUCCUUGGUCAUGCUGGACCUUGAGUGUGAUGACCUGGUUAUUGAGAUGUUUCAUCAUUUCUUUGGUGUUGUAAGGUCAAGCCAUCCAAGUAAUGUAAUUCAUUCAAUGGAAUCAAUAAUGACAUUGGUCAUAAACGAAAGUGAUGAAAUUUCCCCAGAUCUUCUUAAACCUCUUUUAGAUAGUGCUCGAAAGGAAAAUCAGACUAUCUCACCUAUUUCUUGGACCUUGGCUGAGAAAGUAAUAACCAGCUGUGCUGUGAAGCUUACACCGUUUCUUAUGAAGGCCGUGGAGUCCUCAGGAAGAUCUCUUCAUGAUUAUCCACAAAUCGUUUCGUCCAUUUGCCAGAAUCGAUUGAUUGCUUCUCCAAAGGCAGUGGUUCAGUCAGUUGAUAACAAGCUUGAUGUACCCACAGAUGCAGAUGAUCAACCCUGUGAUGUGACCAAAGGACUUGAACCAGAUACUACUUGUGUGAGAGGUUCCCAACUUACGGGUGUUACAAAAUCAAACAUAAGUGCCAGUGCUGCUACUGUGGAUGGAGAAGCUAUAAAAAAGUCUGGUUCCAAAAGGAAACAACAUUCUAAUCUUACUAAGAACUCCAAAAGAAGCAGUGCAAACUCCAAUUCAGAGACUUGCAAUUUAGAGUCUGUUAAGGAACCAAGCUCUGAAACUCGGCUGAAUACUUCGCCAAGGAGGAGGGACAAUAAGCCUAAUUCUUUGAUGAAUGCAGAGGAAGUCUAUGAUCACUCUUUGAUUCAUAUGGGAACAAAAACCAGAAAAUCAGCUCAAUCCAGAAAGGCUCACAAUACUAGCUCUGUUUCUUCACCUCCUAAAAAUCCUAUGUCCAGAAAGGAUAUGAUGCAGCCGGAGCCUAAAACGAAACAUGUAGCUCUAGUUUCUGAGCCGAGACAUGAGAACAUUGCAAAACCAGCUCAAUUGAGAAAGACUUCUGCUAUUGGAAGUGAUUUUCUUCCUUCUGAAAUCCCUGCUUCCAGCAAGGAUAAUGUACUGUCAAAGUCUGCAGAUAUGAGCGAAGGUGUUAAAUCAUUAGUAGCUAAACCUAAAAAUGAUGAGAACACUGAUGCUUCUCUGCGUUUUACACAUGAUAAAGAUGGAAGCCGCCCCAAAAGAGGUCGCCCUAGGAAAAUAAGUAGCACAGGUAAUCAAGAUGUUCAUACUAGUUCUGUGUCAAUAUCAAAGAAAGGCAAUUUGAAUCCUCUGCUCGACAAGACUCUUCCCAAAUCCCCUGAUGUUGGGUUGGAAAAGGAAUCUGAUGAAAAACCUCAGCCACCCAUUAGGAAAAUUAAGUUUACUCUGAAGUCUAAUGGGGGAACUUGUGUAGCUCCUGAAUUGGUGGAUGCUAAUGUGGAACCUAAGGUUUCUUGUGAAGAUGAGGGGAGAAACAAGUCAGCUAUGAAUGUUGAGGUGGAAAAUAGAGAAGAGGCCAGAUCUUCAGGUCAACCAGAGGUUAAGAAAAGGAGGAGGCAUGAUGAUGCUACUCCUAACAAAGGUCUCAACAAAUCAUCUGCUGUGAAGGGGCCGAUGGCGAUUACUGAGUCUGCAAGUAAAGCAUUAAGUGGAGUGGAGGAAACCACACAAUCAAGGCUGAGGAGAAGGAACGUCACUACAAGCGUAGAGGUAUCUGAAUCUCGUGACCGUAGUAACUCAUUGGUUGGUAGUCGGAUCGAGGUCUGGUGGCCGAAGGACAAGACGUUUUAUGCAGGUGUUGUCGCUUCUUAUGAUCCUGUCAGAGGAAAGCAUAAGAUUUUGUAUGAUGAUGGGGAUGAGGAAGUAUUGAAUCUUAACAAACAGCGCUGGAAACUAGUUGAUGUUUCACCAAAUGAGGAAAAAGGACUUGGACUUAAGGAUCUCGCCGAGGCGUCGGAUAUGGUAGAAAAAUGCAGAGAAACUCCCGAGUUGGAGUCAGCUAAGGGUGCAAAGACCAAUUCUCAGUCCAGGAAAGAUUCUGCCAGUAAGCCGCCUAAAACUUGAACAAGGAAGACCGGUUCCGACAUGAAAACGAUCAAACCUGAGAAUGGUGACCUUGAAAAGGACAAAGCUCAAAGGGCUUGAAUUUUGCAGUUCUCAAAGAAUAAACAAAGGUGUAUAGGAAGAAGGUUAGCAGUGAUCCAGUGAAGCUGUGCAGUAUUUACUAGUACCAAUAGUUGGCUCUAGAACUCGUAACAUUAUUGGCUCUACCAUAUGGAUUAGUCUGUUUUGCUUCAUAGUUACUCUUAAAAACCUUGCAAACUGGUCAGCAUAGUUUUGAUAUGUGGUGACCUGGAUUGAGAAGGGUUUGAUUUACACCCUUUAUAGACUAUUUACUGCAGAAGGGUUUGUUUUACACCCUUUUUUGAAAUUGGUUUCAUACAUUUUGUGAUGUCAUCUAUUUGUCGUACAAGGGUAUGUUACAUUUCCAUUUAUGGUAAGCAGAUAUUUCUUGAACAAAGAAUGUUAAGGAUAGGGAUCAUUUCAUCUGAAAAUUUUCUCAUGUUGAAAUUGUGAAGAAGAUAUAUCUCUUCAUAUGUAUUAAAUAGAUGAGGUGCUUUGAAUAUUUAUGAAGAAAGGGAUAAGCAUAAAUUUCACUUGACAUUGUUAUAUGACAUGAGAUGAUCGUAAUCCGCAUGUUACCGAAUGUUGUUGUGAAGAAAAUAAAAGUAGAGCGAGAAAGUUUAAUGAAAAUGAAAAUAGUAAG